AUGGACAUCUCCGCUCUCCCCAACAGCAACCACCCGGAGAAGUUCCUGCAGUUGGAUGUGGGGAUGCUGCCUGCGACCCACGGAAUGUUCCAGAUCAAUGCGGUGCUGUCCGGACAUAAGCAGUGGCACAACAGAGUCUACACAGAGAGGGCAAGAAGAAACUUGAGUCUGCAGAGGCCAUCGCCGGAGGGCAGUCCCGUGUUCGUCGACUCGGUCCUCCGAAAGCACGUCACGCCAAUCACCAUGACGCCAAAGACCAAGACCAACCCUCUCUACUCGGACAUGAUUAUUGACGUCGGAGACAACCCAAAGUCGAAGCCCUCCUGGACUAUCCAAGAGUACGACAGACAAACACUCCACGGCAAUUUAGGAGACUAUUUAAAGGAGGAUCCGGGAGAGCUCAAUUUUUGGCUAGAAGAGCUUUACACCCCAGGGUAUGACUCCCUGUUGAGGAAGAAGCAGGCCGAACUAACAAGGAAAAAGAUCUGCAAAAUAUUAACCUCCGUUUUUGUGUCUGUGUGUGUCAUAAUUGUUGUCAUCACUGUGCCAAUUGUCGUUUUACGAAAUAAAGAUUGAUUUAUUUUUGUAACAGUUUGUCUCAUCUCCAAACAAUAUAUCAUGCCCAAUUUGCCUAAUUGGUUAUAUCUUUAAUUUUACCUGCAUUUCUGGAUCCCUAAUACUGGAAGACAAGUCUUCCAUUAUUUGAAAUCUAUGAGUGGUUUCUAACUGAAGAAGACUGUUAACUUAUGGUCAGAGAAACAGGUAUCAAAUAGAGACCAAGGGCUUUGGGCACAGGGGUCUGGUUCCUCCUUCUCAAUCCCUUUGGCCGCACUGUCAGGUCUAAUUAGGUGAUUAUUUUACCUCACAAACUCAUGAUUUGCUUCUAGUUUACUCAGUAGUGAUUAUAGCAAUACCCAGGGUACCUUAGAUUUGUUUAAAAAAAAAAAAAAAAACAUUUAUGAAGGAUAUUGCCAAUAUAGUGGAUUUGUUUUUUUUACUGUUCUAGGAAAACUCAUAUCUUUUAAAUACAAAUCCUGGAUGUAAAAUCUGCUAAGGCAUUUUCACUUUGUAUGAGAUGUACAGACCAUACUGACGUUUUCUGCCACAGAUAAAGAACCCAUCUAUCAUGAAACCCAUUCUUCUCCUCUCUCUCCUGUCGUUUUAUUCCUCUGUCCUCCACACUCAGUCAUUUGCCCAUUUCCACUAGCCUUUACUCUCUCCAUCCACUUUCCUCUCUGCUCUCUCUCUCUCUCACUCAUCCCCUUUCAUUUAUAAACUUCCCCUCAUCUUUCUCGCUCUCUGUCUUUGAGUAAUUGUGCCCCGUGUGAUUGUCUUUGGCUCUGUCGUUAACUCCUCUCUUCUUCUCCCAUUUCUUCCCCCGGUUUUUCUUCCUCUUUUUCUUUCUUUUGCCAUUUCCUCAUCCUAUGUUUACUCCUGUUCUUAUCUUCCACUCACAGCUAUCAUCUAUUCUCCUCUCUUGUUUUCUUGCUUCAAUUAAGCCUUUGUUGUCAGGCUCUAUUCUUUCUAUUUUAGCCCUUCUCUCCUACUUCAGAAGCAAUUUCAUCCAUUUUAAACUUGUUCUCUGCUGCUCAGGUUCCUGUC